UCAACCGGUGCGCACCGGAGGCCCGUCGAGGAGAGCAGAUGGAACGGAGAUAGCGGUCUCGUCGAAAACUUCGUUCCCGUGAGUCGCGGCACAGAACUCGGUCGGAUAUGCCGGCAACACGACAUCGUAACGUUUUUACUGCUGAAUACAGCGGCUCGGGGAUACAUAAUAUCGUUGUAUUUUAAUACAUUUUUUUAUUUUUUUUUUUUAUUUCCAGCAAGAGUGUAUCGCGCAACGUUAUACAAUAGUAUACGCGCGGCAAUCGUCCGACGCCGCCGUUACCGAUAUCGGACGAUCACCGCCGCCGCCGCCGCCGCCGUUGUAGGACCAAUGAACGAUCGCCGUCGGGUCCUCCCGUCGACGUCGUAUCCCCGCCACCGGUUUUCCCGGCGAGACCCUUCGGUGGCGGCGACGACGGCGACGACAACGGCGAUGACUACGCCGUACGAGCGGCGGACGAACAUUCCGUCGACGGAUCCCGAACGAACGCAACUGCAUACGCUCGCGCGCACUUACCGACGCACAUCGCCGCAUUCUGUCCGCUGCAUCACGACGACCGCGACGUCAUGACCGACGAAGACGGACCACCCGCGCUUUCUGCCGCCGAUGCCGAGCAGCUCGGCGAACAGCUGUUCCGCAAUCAGGUCUCGCCGCGCACCGUCACCGAAGGCGGUCACGUGGGCCAUCUGGUUCGCGGCUCGACCGGCAACGGACAAGUGGACUACAGCCCCCGGUGCCCUGCGUGCAACCCGUUGCUCUUCGACGGCGCAAGUGUACAAGUGACUUACAUCGAUGAAUACGUAGGAUCAGGAUUCAAUACUAGAAUGUCAUCGAUGUUCAUAGUUGGUGAACUGACUGGAAUAGGAAUGCUUGUUGCACCAUGGGCAGUAGUGAAGUUGGGUUGGCUCGGUUUCGUAAUGUUGGCGGCUUUCGCAGUCGCAACCGCUUAUAGCAGUACUUGUCUUGGAACUUGUUGGUUGAUACUCGAAGAACGUGCAAUGGAAAAUAGACAUUAUCCAGUUAGAGAUCCGUAUUCUACUAUAGCAUUUCAUUCGUUUGGAAAGAUAGCAAGUAUAAUAUCUACAACAUUAAUCAACGUUACACUUUUUGGAGCCGCGACUGUAUACCUGAUGCUAACCGCCGAAGCUGCCCAUCGGUUAUUUUCAAGUUCUCAUCCAGAGGCUACCUUUUGCACUUGGCUGGUUGUAUUUUCCGUUUCUAUGAGCUCAUUAAUGUUUGUAGAAAACCCAAAAGAUUCUCGCAUUGUAGCCCUCACAGCAUUAUUGACCGCGUUGACCGCAUGUUAUUUAGUGAUCAUGCAAAUAUUAUUGGACAUCAGAAACCAAGAAGGAAAUUUGCCAAUGUUGCAUGAUUAUGAAUGGAACACAGAUCAGUUCUUCUUGUCUUAUGGUACAAUAUUGUUUUGUUAUGGCGGAGCAGUCUCGUUUCCCGUUGUACAGAAUGAAAUGUUCAAAGUAAACCGAUAUUCACGCAGUCUUAUCACGGUUUUCUCUAUGAUGGCUUUUAUAUUUGGAACAAUUGUUGUCAUUUCAUACGUUGCCUAUGAUGUGAAAAUUGAACCAAACCUCUUCAUGUCCCUUGGUGACUCGUGGUGUUCCAUCGCAGCCAUUGGUUUAAUGAUUGCUCAUCUCAUUCUUGGAUUCAUAAUUAUUGCGAACCCAUUAUCUCAACAAUUGGAGAACUUAUUCAAUACUCCCCAAGAAUCCUUCAGUUUUCAAAGAUUCAUUGUGCGCAUGGGCAUGUUGGUGGCUAUGAUCUUUCUUGGACAAAUUGUACCAAAUUUCAACUUUUUAGUAUCUUUGAUUGGCAGCUCGACUAUUUCAUUUACAACAUUUGUGCUUCCAUCACUAUUCUACUUGAAAUUAUGCGUAAUGCAACAUCCCAAUUGGCCUGAUAGGUCACUGCCGUGGAAAGCUAGACUGUACUUUUAUUUUGUUAUUACUAUUGGACUUAUGGGAAGUAUUCUAUCCAUAAUUACGGCUAUUUGUAGUCUUUUUAAUUUACAUUCCUAUUACGCACCGUGCUUUUGGUCUUUGAUGUUCCCUGCUAAGACUUUUAUUAAAUAAGACUUAUGCUUCACAACAUUAUAAACUGAAAACAAUUAAAAUUUCAAAUUUAAUUAAGAAUUUAAAGAAUUUUUCAAAUAUUUUAUUAAACUUUUAAUUAAAUUAAAAAAUUAAAAAUUAAAAACAAUAGGUAAUUUUAUUGGGUAAAUGUAAGUUCUCAUACGAAAUGAAACAGGUAAAAAUCAUUCAUAUGUAAAUUCUGACAAAAAAAAUACAUCUAAUACAUGCAC